UCGCUUCCAAAUCUAUUCAGAAAUGCCAGCCCUUUUCUGCUCUUGUGUGAGCCCUCACCGUCUGCCUGUCUGAAAUAGAUCCGUUCCAGCCUCUGGGCUCCAGAGGAGGCUCCACAGCAGCCUUAGAUGAUUAUGGAUUUUCUGAGCGAGAAGUUUGCCCUGAAGAGCCCGCCGAGUAAAAACAGUGACUUUUACAUGGGAGCGGGAGGCACUUUGGAGCACGUUAUGGAAACUCUGGACAAUGAGUCCUUUUACAGCAAAACCUCAGGCGGCAAAUGUGUGCAGGCCUUCAACCCCCUCCAAAGGGCAGAGCAUCAUGUGAGGCUGGAGAGGACAUCUCCCUGUCAGGAGAAUAAUGUGAACUAUGGAAUUACUAAAGUAGAAGGACAACCUCUUCACACUGAGCUGAAUAGAGCCAUGGACAACUGUAACAGUCUUAGGAUGUCUCCAGUGAAGGGGCUUCAGGAGAAGGGAGAACUGGAUGAACUUGGAGAUAAAUGUGACAGCAAUGUAACCAGUAGUAAGAAGAGGAGACACAGAACCACCUUUACCAGUUUACAGUUGGAGGAGCUGGAGAAAGUCUUCCAGAAGACUCAUUAUCCUGACGUGUAUGUGAGAGAACAGCUCGCUCUGAGAACAGAGCUUACAGAAGCCAGGGUGCAGGUUUGGUUUCAAAAUCGAAGAGCUAAAUGGAGAAAAAGGGAACGAUAUGGUCAGAUACAACAAGCCAAAAGCCAUUUUGCUGCCACUUAUGAUAUAUCCGUUUUACCUCGGACUGACAGCUACCCACAGAUUCAGAACAAUUUGUGGGCAGGAAAUGCAACUGGUGGUUCUGUGGUUACAUCCUGCAUGUUACCUCGUGACACUUCCUCCUGUAUGACCCCCUAUUCUCAUUCGCCUCGGACAGAUUCUGGCUACACAGGCUUUUCAAACCACCAGAACCAGUUCAGCCAUGUGCCACUCAACAAUUUUUUCACUGACUCUCUCCUUUCUGGGGCUUCCAAUGGACAUGCAUUUGAAACAAAGCCGGAAUUUGAAAGAAGGUCUUCCAGUAUUGCAGUUCUUCGAAUGAAAGCCAAAGAGCACACUGCCAACAUUUCAUGGGCCAUGUAACAAACAGAACUUUCUUUUUUUGUCUUUUAAUAGCAAAGUGAAAACAAUAUUAUUUCUCAUAUUUAAAGGAUACACAAUAAGCUGCUGUGUGUGGAAUUGCUAAAGGUCAGGAAAUGCUAUGAGUGAAGACAGCUUAAACACAUACCUGAUAGUAUUUAACAAUAAACUAAGAAUAAACCAGUAAAGAACCUAAAUGGGUUUACCAUGCGUCAAUUUCAACAAAUGUUUUAGUAGUAAGACCUGCUUUAUUGUUACCAGUUGAUGAAAUAUGAUCAUUAAACCUGCUAAAGGAAUAAAUGUAUUAAAUGGAUACCUCUGUUAGAUAUUGAUUUAUAGUCGCACUACAUAACCAGGAAUUCCUUGUAAAUGAAUACUUGAUAAAGGAGGAAAUCCAUAGGGAAGCCUCUAGUACAUCAAGACUGUGGGGCAAAUGUUCAGUCAAGGUUUGGGGAAUUAAAUGCAUCUCUCCUCUUCUGCUUCCAAGAAGCCAUAGCUAUAAUAUCCUUUUUCUGACUCUUAAUUCUCAAGUCUUUCAAAGGGGAUUUAUUUCUGUAUGUUUCCAAGGGUUUCCAUAGUAAGAAUUACAAUUGAUGAAAUGACUAGCAUUUUCAUGAUACAUUUAUGCCCAAUGCCACGAUGCCAUGAGGUUCAAGAUAAUCAUUGAAAAUAUGCUGGUUUUCAGGAAGCGUCCAAAUAAUCCAUUUUUAAAAUGUUGAUCUUCCCCGCACACUUUUGUCAUUGGGUUCCUUAUCUCGUAUCCAACAAAACAAAGACAGGAGAAGACCUGCUGUUUUCAACCUUUGAUUGUGUUGAAUAAAUAGGACGAAUGGUAAAGUACAUAUAAGUAUAUAAAAUGUAAUCUCUAUAGCAGUUAACACCGCCAUUUACUGGAAUGUAUAUUUGUGUGUUUUUGUUCCUUGACCUACCAUUCCUUCUGCAUAUUGCUACUGUGGUUUCACGUAGGAAUUAAAAUGUCAGAAGACUUCCAAAAAUUUCUGGUGGAAAAAAGGGAAGAAAAAUGUUUUGCAUCUGGAGAAUUGUUAACCCCUUUGAUUUACUUCUCCUCCCUUUCCCCUGUCACAUUCCAAGCUCCUUCAGAUGAGUGAAAUGUCAGCUUCCUUGAAAGCAACAGUCAGCCUCUCAAGUUCAUAAAGGCAAAGUAAAUUAAUUGGAAAAGAGAAGACUUGCACAGCUGUUUAGGACAGGACACAGUUCUUUAUGCACCCUCUGAAUCUUCUUGCUGGUCUCUCUGGCCUUCAGAAGAAAUGGGUAAAAACCUUUUUCAUUCUUGUUAGCUAACAGAAAGACUGAAUCUCCCUUCUCCCCUUGGAAAAUAUUGAUAGUAAUCAGACCUGGCUUUUGUAGAAAAAUUUUAAAUUAAACUGGUGAUUGAGAGUGACAGUGGCCUGAACAAACAUACUUUUGCUUAACAAUAAACUAAAUUUCUAUCCUUUAA